CCAUUCGGCUCUCAUUUUGUUCAGUUCGUAAGACCCGACGCGCCAGCAAGAACCAGGCCGAGACAACGUUAUAUGCCCCCCUCGCGCGCUCGCUUCUGGUGGCCCGCGCAGCCUUUCCGUGUCCGUGUCCGUGAUUGUGCGUGUCCCGUGCCAGUUGUGCCUUUGGUGGCCGUACAAGCGGAAUGGCAAUGAGAAUCAAGCAGCUCUAAGCGUGCCACAAAAUCAGCCACACAAAAGCUUCAAAGGAAAAAGGAACAAGGAAAAACACAAACAACAAGCGAACGCAAAAGAAAAACUCUCAUCAGCGAAUGAAAAUGCGAAAUCACAAAGAAAAUGGAAACCGUCUGGCGGUCAGCUCCUCGUCGUCCGCCUCGUCGUCCGCCUCCUCCUCGUGCUCCUCCAGCAGCACGACGGAUCUGAGCAGCAGCGGAAACGUGAACGGCAUCAGUCUCCCGCAGCAGUUGGAGAAUAACAAUAAGAUUUCGGUGGUGUCCAAGCUGCUGCUCAAGUCCGCUGGCAUCGGUGGCAAGGAUCCACAGUCCCGGAGAGAUGCCACAACCAACAGCAACACUAACAGCAACAGCAACAACAGCAAUGCCAGCUUCAGUUCCGCAUCGAUCGCCGGCUCCAUCAUACAGGACCACCACCACCAGCACCAGCAGCAGCAGCAGCAGCAGCAACAGCACCACCAUCUCCAUCCGCAACAGCAGCAGCAGCAGCAGCAAAUGGAUCAGUGCGGUUUGACCCAAGCGGGAUUGGAGGAGUACAACAUACGAUCCUCCUCGCAGUACUACGACCAGACGGCAUUCCAUCACCAGAAGCAGGCCUCGUACGCCCAAUCCGAGGGCUAUCACAGCUAUGUCUCUAGCUCGGAUUCCACAUCGGCCACGCCAUUCUUGGACAAAUUACGUCAGGAGAGCGAUCUGCUGUCGCGGCAGUCACAUCACUGGUCUGAGAACGAUCUCUCGUCGGUCUGCAGCAACUCGGUGGCACCCUCGCCCAUACCGCUGAUGGCACGCCAAUGCAGCAGCAGCAGCAGCGGUGCCAGCAGCAAUGGACCUGGCUCCCAUCACUCCCACUCCCACUCACAUUCCCAUUCCCAUUCCCAUUCCCAUAGCCAUUCCCAUGGCAACUCCUCCUCCUCUUCCGCCUCGACAGCCAGCUCCAAUAGCAACAGCAACAACAGCAACAACAACAUCAUCGGCAGCAGCACCAGCAAUGGGAACAGCAAUAACAACAGCUCCGAGAGCACUUCAUCCACGGAAACCCUGAAAUGGUUGGGCUCCAUGAGCGAUAUAUCCGAGGCGAGUCAUGCCACGGGCUACAGUGCCAUUGCGGAAUCGGUUUCCUCCUCGCAGCUGAUUGUCCACAGCUCCCGGGUGCCGACCCCGAAGCGACACCACAGCGAGAGCGUGCUCUACCUGCACGACAGUGAUCCCCCAACGACGACGGUGACGGUGACGGUGACGGCGACGGCGACGACGAUGACCUCCUCCUCCCCCACAGAGAGCUGCUCCUCGCAGCACGUCCUGCAUGCCACACAGGCCUCUGAGGACGGUAGCAGCUGCAGCAGCAGCAGCAGCAGUUCGAUGGCAAUGCAACCGCUGCGCGUCCAGCAUCGCCACAGUCCCAGCUAUCCGCCCGUGCACACGUCCAUGGCCCUGCACCACUUCCACCAGCAGCCCCGGAUGAGCACACAAAGUUCCUUGCCCGAACUGGAGUCGCCCACGGAUAAGCCUCGCUCGCUGAUGGGCCAAUCCCACUCCACAGGCGAUCUCCAGCAGCAGCACCAUCACCACCAGCACAACUUGGGGCGCGCCGGCCAGCAGCACAAGUCCAGCAUUUCGAUGACCAUAUCCAGCAGUGAGCCCCAAUCCCAGACACAGCCCCAGCCGCUGCUGCCGUCCAGUAAGGCUGGCAAGCAGCCGCUGAUCAAGUCAGACGUCCUCAGCUGCAGUGCACCCAAUGUGGGGGAGCAGUCGGCGGCCGGCGCCAACGACUCGUAUCGCAGCAACCAUCGCCUGUUCCCGGUCAGCACCUACACGGAGCCUGUCCACAGCAACACCUCGCAGUACGUGCAGCAUCCCAAGCCGCAGUUCAGCUCCGGCCUGCACAAGUCCGCCAAACUACCUGUGAUAACGCCAGCGGGAGCGGCUGUCCAGCCCACCUGGCACUCGGUGGCCGAGAGAAUCAACGACUUUGAGCGCAGCCAAAUGAUCGAACCGCCGAAAUUUGCCUACCUGGAGCCCAGCAAGACCCAUCGCCUGUCGAAUCCCGCUCUAAAGGCCCUCCAGAAGAACGCCGUGCAGUCGUACGUGGAGCGCCAGCAGCUGCAGCAGAAGGAGGAGCAGCAGCUGCUGCGCCCCCACUCCCAGUCCUAUCAGGCGCUGCAUGUGGAGCGCAAGUCGCUGCCGAACAACAUGAGUCCCAUCAUGAUGGGAUCCUCGUCGUCGAGUGGUUGCAGCUCGCCCACGCCACCACCGCCGCCACCACGCUCCCGCUCGCUGCUGCCCACGCUGUUGCGCCGCUCCAGCUCCGCCUCUGACUAUGCCGAGUUCCGGGAGCUGCAUCAGGCGAAGGUGCCUCCUCCCAGCAUACGGAACAUCAGCAGUGCGGAGAAGCUCUCCUUCAACGACUGUGGCAUGCCGCCGCCUCCGCCGCCACCUCGCGGACGCGUGGCCAUGCCCCCGCGACGCACUUCCUCGGCCACGGAAUACGCCCCAAUGCGGGACAAACUGCUCCUGAAACAGGCAGCGGCCCUGGCCCACCAGCAGCACCAUCCGCAGCAGCACCGACAGGCCGCGUACCAGCCGCAGGCGCCCGAGCGUCCGCCCAAGCAUCCGAAUCUGCGUGUGCCCUCGCCCGAUCUGCCACCGCCGCCUCUCGGGCCAGAGCUAGACACCAGCUACACCUUUGACGAGCCACUGCCACCGCCACCGCCGCCGGAAGUGCUCCAGCCACGCCCACCGCCAUCGCCCAAUCGACGCAACAGCUUCGCUGGGGCAUCCACGCGUCGCUCGGCCUACGCGCCGCCGCCAGCCACAGUCGCAGUCGCAGUCGCAGCCACAGCCCCAAUAGUUCCAGCAGCCAAGGUUCCUCCUCUUGUGCCCAAGAAGCCAACGAGCUUGCAGCACAAACAUCUCGCAAAUGGAUCCGCCAAUCUGCCCACUAACAAUCGCAAGCGUCCGCAUCACACGCCACCGCAGCAGCCCAUCCUCGAAAAUGUUAUUGUGGCGCCUCAGGUGCCGCCGCCACUAAUGCCGCGUGCCCGGCCCACGGCCAAUGACAUUGUCAUCGCCAGCAAUCCGGAGAGCCAUCAGCAGAGGGGAUCGAAUUCCAAGGCCAAGUAUCUGCCGCGCCAGAGCCUGGAGAAGCUGAACAACACGGACCCGGACCAUGGCAUCUACAAGCGCACGCUCACCUCCAACGAGGACCUGGUGGCCCACCCGAAGCCCACCUAUGGGGUGAGCGGUAAGCUGCCCAACAAUCUGCCAGAUGUCCUGCCACUGGGCGUGAAGCUGCAGCAGCAGCCGGCGAAGCCACAGCCCGGCUCUCCGAACGGAGAGGGUAACGUGACUCUGCGCUACGGCUCCAACAAUAACCUCGCAACGAAAUCACCCACGAAUGCCACACCUCCCUACACCAUGAUCUAUGGCCAGGCGAUGGCGGGUGGCGGGCAGCGAUACUCCACGCCGCCACUGGGACACGGAUACGGAAAGGCGACGUCCCAGCACUACACGAGAUCUCAGUCGUACGACGUGAAGCAGACCUCCGUCCUGCCCGCACAGAAACAGCUCAUGUCCCAGUCACAUGUGGACCUGAAGCAAGCCGUCCAUGACCUCGAGACGACGCUGGAGGAGGUGAUCCUGCCAACGCCAACGCCGACGCCCACCGAGACACCGACGCCAACGCCGCCGCGCCUCUCGCCGGCCACAUCCAACUCGGACUGCAGCCUGAGCUCGCACAACAGUUCGCUGGAGUGCAGCAUUAUUCCUAACACGAAUGCGAACACGGUUCCUAAUCCCGAGGCGCACAUCUUCCGCGCCGAGGUGAUCAGCACCACUCUGACAACGAGCGCACCUCCCAAGCCCGUAAUGAACCGCCAGGACUCUCUGAGAGAGAACAUCGAGAAGAUCACCCAGCUGCAGUCGCAGCUAAUGUCAGCGCAUCUGUACGACUCCGGCUUGCUUGGUGGCUACACCAGCACCAAGUUGGCAAACACCAGUCCCAGUCCCAGCACAGAGCUCCAUCAACAGUCGCUGCAGCCGCCGCCGAGUCCGCCCAGUCCACCGCCCGUCGAGGAAGACCCAAUCGAAGCGCAAGGUGCGGCAAACGAAGGGCUGCAGCUGAUGCAACGCAGCGAACUCGUGCUGAUGGUCAAUGUAAAGCCCACCACCAUGGACAUGGGCUGCCAAACGGAUGAGAUGGCGAACCGGGACACCGAUCUGGUGGCGGGACGGGAGGAGCAACAGACGCGGACUACACUGCAGCCGCGCCAGCGUCAGGCCGUUGAGCUAGACUACGAGAACCUGAGCAGUGAGCUCCUGCAGCUGCUGGCGCCCAACGACAAGCUCGUCGACAUCCUCACACCAAAGAGCUGCAGGCCCACCUCCCACUACGUUAGUAAUCUGUACAAUCCGAAUGUGCCACUCCGUCUGACCAAGAGGGACGUGGGCACUUCCACCCUGAUGCGAAUGAAGGCGGCGGCGGCUCCCACAGAGACCACCAAGGUGGUCAGUGUUGAGCUGCAGCUCGGCGAUGCGAGUGGCGAGGGAGCGAAUGUCAUCAAAAAGAAGCUGGAUGAGCUGAUCAAACGGUUGAAACAAAAAAUUGGUGCCCUCAAGCAUGAGCAGCAAACCAUUGGCGAGGAGUGCUCGAUGAACGACAAACUGGGUCAGGAUCUUUUUGCCAAGCUGGCGGAGAGUGUUCGCCCCAGCCAGGCAUCCAAGUUCCGGACCUACAUCGACGAUGUGGGUCACAUCACGAGUCUGCUGCUUUCCCUGUCCGAACGUCUGGCCCAUACCGAGUGCAGCCUAGAAUCACGUCAGCAGGAUAAGAGCGUGCUGGAAUCGAAGCGGACGCGUCUGUACGAGCAGCUGGAGGAGGCGCAGCGCCUCAAGUCGGACAUCGAUCGACGCGGUACCAGCAUUGCUGGCCUCCUGGGCAAACAUCUCAGCGCAGAUCUGUGCGCAGACUACGAUUACUUUAUCAAUAUGAAGGUCAAGCUGAUUGCCGACGCACGCGACCUGGCAGACAGGAUCAAAGGCGGCGAGGAGCAGCUGGGCGCCCUCACCGAUGCGCUAGUCCAAAGCGAUUGCUAAGUUGCCCCGACUGCCGGCCAAUUUUCCCAGCUGUCAACUCUAAGUUGAGAGCCGUCCGAGAGAAUUAUCCAGCCGUCCGCAAUAUGUAUUAGUUUAAAACGAUGUGCUUAAUUUCAACACCCACACUAUAUAGUAAUGUAUAAUUGUAUGUUCAUUUGUGAUUUUCAACUAGCUUGUAGAUUAAUUAUUCUAUGUAUCGGCCGCCUAAGCGUAAGCAUUUUUUUCAUAAUUAUCAAAGCAAAGAUAAACAUUAUGCAUUAAUAAAAUUAUAAAAACUA